AUGGCUACGAGAUCGCUUCUAAAAACUACUAAAUUAGGCGUUUAUUCAAGACAAUGUCUGAAGACACUGGGUCAGCAGCGUACCUUCACAACGAAGCUAACAGAACAGCAACAAUCCAUUCAGGAACUGGUCAGAAACUUUGCUGAACAGCAUUUAAAGCCUAAUGCAGCUAAACAUGACAAAGAAGCUCUGUUUCCGUUUGAACCUAUCAGACAAAUAACAGAAAUGGGACUCAUGGGUGCGUGCGCCAGCGAAGACUACGGUGGUAUGGGCAUGGACUAUUUAUCUCUGGCAUUAGCAGUGGAAGAGCUGUCCCGCGGCUGCGCCAGUACCGGCCUGAUCGUCUCCAUACACAACUUCCUCUAUCUAAACCUGGUCAAUGAGAAGGGAACACCAGAACAGAAGGAGUUGUUCCUAAAGGACUUCACUCGAAACUGUAUUGGGUGCUUCGCGUUAAGUGAGCCAGGCGCGGGUACAGAUGUAGCAGGGAUAAGGACGAGAGCCAAGAAGGAUGGUGACUCCUGGAUCCUGAACGGCACGAAGCACUGGGUCACGAAUGCUCUGGAAGGCAAAGCCCUCGUUACUUUCGCUACAAUCGACCCAGAACUCAGGCACAAAGGACUUGCUUGUUUCCUGGUUCCCGUAGAAACUGAAGGUAUCUUCAGAGGUAAAAAGGAACGCAUUAUGAGUGUCAGCACGUCUGACAGGGCGGCGACAGCGUGCACCGUGAAGUUGGAGGAUGUCCGCCUUCCUGACAGCUACAUGGUGGGGCAACCUGGUGAGGGAUUCCGGAUCGCAAUGGAACAACUCGACCAGGCCCGUAUCGGUAUCGCCGCUCAUGCUGUUGGUAUCGCUCAAUCAGCGCUGGACACAGCUAUCUCGUACGCUAAGCAGAGGGUAGCAUUCGGCAAACCAUUAACCAGAGUGGCUUCUGUAAAGGACCGUUUAACAGAGAUGUGUAUGUUAGUGGAGACGGCCCGCCUCGUCACGUACCGCGCGGCCGUCGACGUCAGUACCAAGAACAGUGCGAUGGCCAAGUACAUUGCUGGACGGAACGCCGCCGCUGUCGCAGACCACUGCGUACAGAUUCUUGGAGGACGCGGCCUGUCCGUCAAUUAUGAUGGUGAACGGCAUUAUAGGGACGCAAGAGGUACGCAGAUAUACGGCGGAGUGACAGACAUACAGAAGAGGCUGGUCGGCCACUUCCUACUAAAAGAACACGACGCCCUCUAA